AUGGCACAGAGAAAACAUGUAUGUAUCGAGUGUGAGAAAAGCUUCUGUAGUAGCUCGUCUCUCCUUAGACACCGGAGAACCCACACAGGAGAGAGACCCUAUAGAUGUCCCAAUUGCGGGAAAGGCUUCAUCUCCAACUCAAGCCUCAUUAGCCAUCAAAGAAUGCACACGGGGGACAGACCCUAUAAAUGCCCUGACUGCGAGAAAGCCUUCAUUGCAAACAAGUCCCUCAAUAAGCAUCGCAAAAUCCACAGCGAGGAAAGAGCCUACCAAUGCCCUGACAGCGUGGAAACCUUCAUCAGGAGUGAAUCCCUCCAAAAGCAUCAAAAGAAACACAUGUCAGUGAAACCCCAUCAAAGCCCUGAGUGUGGGAAAAGCUACACUGUUCAUUCAGCCCUUAUUGUACAUCAGAGAACCCAUAUGGGACAUGAAGCUCAUGUAUGCCACAACUGCGGAAGAAGCUUCAGAGACAGCAGGACCCUCAUUAGACAUCAAAGAAUCCAUACGGGAGAGAAACCCUAUAAAUGCUUUGAGUGUGGGAAAUGCUUCCGGGCCAGCUCAACUCUCACUAUCCAUCGGAGACUCCACACAGGAGAGAAACCUUAUAAAUGCCCCGAGUGUGGGAAAAGCUUCAGAUCCAGCACAGGCCUCACAAAACAUCGGAGAACACAUGCGAGAAAGAAAUUGUCCACGGGCCCUCAAUCAGAAUCCCUAAGCCCCAAAUCAGACCCCAUCUGGCACAUGGACCAAGAGGAAGAGCCCUGUGUCCUGGACUCUGAGGAUUCUUCAGAAGAGAAGAUGCCGAGAGGCCCUCAGGCAGGUAAUGGGACAGUGUCUGAGAAUGAGGAGGAGAAUCCUCAGCAGGAAGAUCCUGAACAAGUGGAACCACAGGGAAUGGUAUCAGGAAGAGAUGAAGACUGUGGGAAAAGCUUCCAGUGGAGCUGCCGCUUCAUUGAACAUCAGAGAAUCCAUACAGGGAAGAAAACCUCUAUUUGUGCUGACUGCGGGGAGAGCUUCAGUUGUUACUCAAACUUCACAAGACACCGCAGGAUCCAUACAGGAGAGAAACCCUACAGCUGCCCUGACUGUGGGAAAAAUUUCGGUCACACUUCUGACCUCAUUAUACACCAGAGACUGCACACGGGAGAAAGACCCUACAAAUGCCCUCAGUGCGGGAAAAGCUUCAGCCGCAGCUCGUACCUCAUUCCUCACCAGAGGACACACACAGGAGAGAGGCCCUAUAAAUGCCCCGACUGUUGGAAGAGCAACCUGAGCUCAAACCUUAUCAGGCAUCAGAGGAUCCACACGGGAGAAAAACCCUAUAGAUGCCCCAACAGUGGAAAAAGCUUCUAUCUGAGAUUACACCUCAUUAGGCACCAAAGAGUCCAUAUUGAAAGGAAAUCCUAUGACUACGCCGACUGUAGGAAAAAGUUCAUUCGGAGCUCAGCUCUAAUUACACACCACAGACUCCACACGGGAGAGAGAACCUAUAAAUGCGCUGACUGUGGGAAAAGCUUUGGCAUCAGCUCAGACCUGAACAGACACCAGAGAUCCCACACGGGAGAGAGACCCUACAAAUGUGGUGAAUAUGGGAAAAGCUUCAAUGUGAGCUCCAAGCUCAUCAGACAUCAGGGAAUGCAUAUGACAGAGAAACGUUUCCUUUGUCCCGAGUGUGGGGAAGGCUUUGCCACCAGCUCCAAACUCAUUAAACAUCAGAAACACCACCUGGAACAGAAGCCCUGCGGGGACUACUGGAAAAGUUAUAGCCACAGUUCUGAACUCCUCAAGCAUCAGCAAGCCCACACGGGAGAGAGAGACCCUAUAAGUGCCCCGACUGCGCGAAAGGGUUUAGUCGGAGCUCGCACCUUAUCAGGCAUAAGAAAAUCCACAGGAGAUAGGCACGGGUCCUGGUUCUUCCUCUAG